AUGAGACUCACAGACGGCAAGGAUGAUCAUACCAGCUCAGAUGAAAAAGCCACGUUUGCUGGUGUUGUAGCGGAAGGACUCGACGACAGUUACAUUAGAUAUCAUUUGAGAGGACAGAUAAUUGGCGACAAAGACGACAUCACCGAUAUCUGGAAACCCCUGAAGGUAUACAGAAUAUGCACGACACUACUGAUCCCUGAACCCACGAGCAUUCAGAACAUAUGGACUGGAAGGAUCAUGUACAGUGUCGGCAUCCCGAACUAUACCAUCGAACUUGGCAAUGUCCUUCCCAUCCAAUUCCAAUUCACUCCUCUUAUGAAAGAGCUACAUCUCGCUCUCAUUAAAAUAUCGCUUGUUGAGACUCAUACGAACAAGAAAGACACCAUCCAGACCGCCUGCAGCAAGCGAUCUCGCACGGUGCUCAAAGAUCAAUUCACACCGCCAGCUUGGCGUGAAAUGGAAAUUUCAUCGGAUGAUGCAAACUGAAGAUCCCGUUCUCACUUCAACCAGAUCCGAGUAUCCAUCCCGAUAUACUUGUAUUUCGCCCCGACCCGGUUCGGCGAUUCUAUACUGGGAUCCGACGUCGAAGAUGUAGCCGAGGAGCCAUUCGUUCCGCUUCCUCUGUACGAUGACCAUGUCCAUGACCCGCAACCAGAGUCCAUAACUCCAGUCGACGAUAUAUCAGCUGUCCAUACGCCCCAGUUCCCGAAUGACACUGAACACGCAUCGUGGCCUCCGGAAUAUGUACUGUUUGAUGAUCGAUCCGAAAUUCCAAGGUAUUCUGAUGCCGUUGGGCUAGGCCAAUCGGGGUGA